GUAUAUAUAUAUAUAUAUAUACAUAUAUAUAGCAUUAAUCGAUUCCCUAUUGGAAACUGUUUACAACAUUUUUACUCAAACAAUAAAAUCUUUCAAUAAUAAAUACCGAGCCAUCAGAUUGUUCAGAAGAUAAUAAAUUCAUCCACAUAGACAGGUCAAUCUAUCAUGCCAAGAACAAUUAAAAGACCUCCGGGAGUGGAAGAUUUUGAAAGAUGUCAUCAUAGACAAGUACUAGUUAACAGUUUUCUGGAAAAAUCUAUGCAUUUAUUCAAUGCAAACUCAAACAUACCAAAUGGAUAUGCUACCAGAAUUACUGAAAAACCGUCAACAACUAUGAAUAGUCAGACAAUGGUACAGAAAGAAUUAGAUUGCAUAAAACAAUUCGAAAGACAACUGCCACCACAAUACCCAUGUAUUACAAUAUAUUUUUCUGAUAUGGAUUGUGAACUAGAAAGGAGAUGUAUACUUUAUAUUGUAAAAAAAUGGGAUCGUGAUGAUCCAUUUGUUAGUAUGUCACCAUUUUUGAAUGAACUGGAAAGAGAUUAUGGUAGAGGAUGGAAAUUUGAACGAGUUAUAAAUCCAAUUAAAGUCGGUCGUGUAAGUAAUAGAACAAAGCCGAAAUCAACUUUUUGUUUUCGCUAUGAACCAGAUUGUUAUAUGUAUAAGUUUUAUAGCGAUGAAGAAACAGGACAAAUGAGGUUAAUUUGAAACAAUAUAUAUAUAUAUAUAUAUUUAUAAUGAACCUUCAUACCUGUUGUUUUACUUCAUAUACAAAUGUCUUUUGAAGUUCAAUAACAAUGUGUCCAAUGUGUUCGUUUCUUUAUAAAAACGAUGUAGCAUGAACUGAUAAAUAAAGAACUUAU